AUCCAGCUCUGCUUACUGCCCUCUCUCCCCACUGAUCUCUUCUCUGCUGUAGGCACGGCUGGUAUCCUCACUCGCUGCCUCUGACUUCCCACCUACACCCACCAGCCAUGGAGGAGUCGAUAUAUGAGACCACAUUACCCAAAGAGUGGGUUAGUGAGGCCAUCUACUCUAGUCCUAGCAGUCCAGACAGUAUGGACAUAAGUCCAGAAACACCUCAGAGCGGAACAUCAACAACGCCAUCCUCUCAAUUUGGGACAGAAGAUGAAGAUGGAGUGAACGCUAGACCACCAUUACCUCUUGGCCAGAUGCAGUUAAAUGAUGACUUACCAUCCCCUGUCUAUGUUAACACUCCAACAUCUCCCAAUGAUCUAAAAUCUCCAUUCAACAACUACUCCAGCCAAUCUUCAAACCCUCUGUCUCCCCGUGAGUAUAUACCUCCCCUGGGGCUCCACACUCGCCUGCUAGAUCCUUCUGGACACCUCAACAAUAACACACAAUAUGAGGAUCCCAUUGACAACGAGGCAGAAGAACCAGACAUAGCCAUCUAUAUCAAGGCUGGGAGCGAUGGAGAGAGCAUAGGGAACUGCCCCUUCUCCCAGCGCCUGUUUAUGAUCCUCUGGCUCAAAGGGGUUGUGUUCAACGUUACAACGGUAGACCUGAAAAGAAAACCAGCUGACCUCCAUAACUUAGCCCCCGGGACUCACCCACCUUUCCUGACCUUCAAUGGGGAAGUGAAAACGGAUGUGAACAAGAUAGAGGAAUUUCUGGAGGAAACAUUGGCACCACCAAGAUACCCCAGACUGGCUGCAAAACAUCGUGAGUCCAACUCUGCCGGGAUCGACGUCUUUUCCAGAUUCUCAGCGUACAUUAAAAACACAAAGCAGCAGGAUAAUGCCGCCUUACAGAAGGGUCUGACAAAAGCCCUGAAGAAACUCGAUGACUAUCUGAACACACCGUUGCCUGAAGAGAUCGAUGCCAACAGUCGGGAGGAAGAGAGAGUUUCCAAGAGGAUGUUUUUAGAUGGAGAUGAGUUUACGUUGGCUGACUGUAACCUACUGCCCAAGCUCCAUGUUGUGAAGAUUGUCGCCAAGAAAUACCGUAACUAUGAAAUCUCCUCGGAUAUGAGCGGCAUCUGGCGGUACCUGAAAAAUGCUUAUGCAAGGGAUGAGUUUACCAAUACGUGCGCAGCGGAUAAAGAGACAGAGCUCGCCUACGCUGACGUGGCCAAAAGGCUCUCAAAGUAAUUUGUUGGUCUAAAUUGCCCAGCAGUAAUCUCAUACCCACAGACUCAUAUCCUUAUUGCCUUUGGAUCCAUCUACACAUCAUACCGGUGUAGGUUUAACAAUUCUGCUUCUGGAUAGGCCGGCUGUGACUUUGAAAUACAUUACUGCUGACUGCACUGGAUAACUAAGCCGUGAUUCCUUGCCUUCGAGAGGCGCCAAACUCAAGAAAGGGAAGGCGAUCAGGAUGAAAAAAUAAACUCAAUAUCUCCGACACCGAAUCUUAAGGCAGCACGCGCUAUCUAUAAAGUAUUUUUGUAAUGGAAACUGAUUCCUUUAUCAGGGAUUUAUGAAAUGUAUUAUCGCAAAGGGAAUGUUAUAUUCUUAGUGAUUCUAUAAAGCUUAAUAAUAAUAAUAAUAAUAAUAAUAUUAACAAUAAGGAGAAUACUUUCUUCUAAUAUUAGUUAUUCAUGGUAGAGCAGCUUCUCCUAGUGGAGGUCAAUGUACUACUAGUAGGGUGCAGAGACUAGUUUGGAUUUAACCCAUGGCAGCCUUGGUAUAAAAAAAGAAAAUGGACGAUGAAGAGAAGCUGAAGAUGGAUGUAAAUAUUAUGGAAAGAAAUAAACAUUGAGUGCUGAG